GUGGUCGAGAGCCCUGUACGACCACUGCGGUCUCUGGUGCGGUCCUGUUUCAUCUUCCUCCUCUUCCUGUCCACGGUCAUCUUGAUCAUCCUCUUCGCUAUUCCUGCCAGCUCCUUCCAGCCAGACUGGUGGGACAACCUAUCACUGUACACAUACUACCAUAGAUGGACCAUCCCCAUCCAUCCCCAUGGACCAUCCCCAACCACAGUACCAGCCCCACCCCCAACCACCGUACCCCUAACCACAGUACCAGCCCCACCCCCAACCACCGUACCCCCAACCACAGUACCAGCCCCACCCUCAACCACCGUACCCCCAACCACAGUACCAGCCCCACCCUCAACCACCAUACGCCCGCCACCAACCAAUCAAUACCACUUUGGCCACCCUCGUAACUUCCACUUCAUCAUGGACGAACCGGACAAGUGUAAGACCCAGACCCCGUUCCUGGUGCUGAUGGUCCCUGUGGCGCCCGGUAACCUGGCUGCCCGGGACGCCAUCCGCAGGACGUGGGGUACUGAGACCCUGGUGCAGGGGAAGAAGGUACAGACGCUAUUCAUGCUAGGACUUCCUGGAGGAUCAGGUGCUCAGGAGCUGCAGGAGAAGGUUGGUCUUAUUGUUGUAGCUUUUUUUAGUGUUGUGUUUAUUGUUUUAAGUGUGUUGGGGUUGUUAAUAUUUAAAUAAAGUUUGAUUUGAUUUUGAUUUGAUUGUAACUUGAUCUGACCUAACUUUGACUUUGACUCGAUUUUGUCUUGACUUUGAUUUGAAGGUGAACCAGGAGAGCCAGGUGCAUCAUGAUCUACUCCAGAGCAACUUUCUGGACUCCUACCUCAACCUCACCAUUAAGACCAUGGUGAUUAUGGACUGGCUGGCCACUCACUGCACCAAUUCCACCUACGCCAUGAAGAUCGACUCAGACAUGUUCCUCAACGUAGAGAACCUGAUAACUAUGUUGCUGAGAGCGGACGUCCCCAAGGUGAACUUUUUUUUAAAUGUUAUUUUAUUCAACCCAACCUCCACCUCUUUAGGGGAUAGUUUUUGUUACUAUAACAGUCUGUCUGUCUGUCUGUCUUUUUAAUUUACUAAGUUACAGUUUAUUCUUUUUUUCCCCCUUCUAAAUCUUUAAUAAUUCUAUAUAAAGAUUAAAUUCCAUUCCUAUUUCCCAAGGUGAACUACCUGACGGGGAUGCUGAUGUGGGAUCGACCAGUCAUCCGGAACCCUAACUCCAAAUGGUAUGUUCCGGUCGAGAUGUUAGCCGACAACCGCUACCCGACCUACACACUUGGUAUGGGAUACGUCUUCUCCAACGACCUGCCGGAGAGGAUCGUGGAGAUAUCCAAGGACAUCAAGCUUUUUAAUAUAGAAGACGCCUACAUUGGCGCCUGUAUGAAGAAACUGGGCCUCUCGCCCAGAAACUCACCCGAUCCUUGGCAAUGGAAGGCCUAUCUCGGCAAUUACAAUCGCUGUGAAUUUUCCAAAGUCAUCACCUAUAUUUUGAGCCGCUCAUCCCAGAUAGUGGACUACUGGACGGACCUGAAAAAGACACCUGGUCCACCCUGUCCCUAGACACUGAUCUAGGGUCCAUUUUGUAUUUUUAAGUAUUUGGGGGGGAGGGGGGGUUCUACCGAUUUAACAUGUGGAACUGUUUUAAGAUGGUCAUACCAUAGAUCAUUUAGCUAUUUUAUUUAGAAUUUUAAGAGCCCUAUAGGUAUCCAAACAAAUAUAUAUAUACCUGUAUAUAUUGAUGAAACCGUGGAAUGACCCAUUUGAGGUGGAAAUGCCCUAUUCACUUCCAUUCUUUUUUCGGCCCGAUACUGGGUUACCUUCAGAGGAGUCUUGUGAGGCUUGUGGGUGUCAUAGAGCAAAACAACGAGUCUCAGCUUUCGAUGGUGGGGUCAUAUUAGUUUGUAACCCAAACCGUUUGGACGCUACAGACAGAGGUUGGCACAUCGGCGGUACCGUCUUCAGACAGCCCAGUACUGGACUACGGUGUGAGGCUUAGAACUAAACAGAGAACACCGUCGUGUUUGUGAGAGUCUUAGCUUUCCAUAGUGCUGUCAUAUUAAUUUGUAUAAAACCGUUUGGACUCUACAGACAUUUUUGUGAGAAGACAGAUUUUCGGGAUGCCUCCUGGUCUGACAAACACUGCUGUAGCUCUUCCACCUUCCACCGCAGAUGCGGAAGGCCGACAUCGGCGGAUGUGGUGGAUUGAGACUCAGCCCAUGCAAAAAAACGGAUAUCUCUAGCUUAAACAGACAGAUUCUGAUGGGGAUUUAUUUAUUAUGCUUAUUCAAUUUCCGCCUGGACAUUGACUCUAGUACUAGUACUAAGAUUCAGGGACUGUAUCAGUGUUAGAGGGGCAACUUAGGUAGGGCGGCAGGUAGAUGAGCGGCCAGUGUUGUGCCAGUAACUGAAAGGUUGCUAGUUCAAAUCCCCUAAACGACAAGGUGAAAAAUCUGUCGAUGUGCCCUUAGCAAGGCAUUUAACCCUAAUUGCUUCAAGGUCGAUGUUGAUAAUGACUGACCCUGGCUGUAACCCCACUCUCAGGGGGAGUUGGGAUAUGCAAAAAACACAUUUUCUUUUCAAACGUGUAUAAAACACACUUUUACAUUUGUGAACAAGGACAAAUAUAAACACCCACUUGCUCCUGGAGCACCUUGUUAGGACUCAAUUACCCAUAAUGACAUUGGGUAGGGUAGGAAAUACAGAUGGGUGGUGGUGGUGGGUCUGGUCGAGAUGAUGAAGUUAGGUCAUUGAGUAGUUCUGAACUUGCAAUGGCUGGCGGAAUGUGAUAUCUUACUUUCAAAGUCUUAAUUCACAAUGGUGGAACAUACUUUGCAAAGGGAUCUUUUGGGAUUUUGGGAUUAUGAAUCUCAGGAAUCAAAACAAAUCCAGACAGAUAGGAGGAUGGCAUCAGCAUCUUACUCUCUUGUAAUACAUGAACACUUUCAGAGGCCAGAACUAACACAAGAUUUGGCUCUGCUCACACGAGAUUUGGUUCUGGGUUACAUGAUCAUCUGUCUACCAAAUUACAUUCUGUUGUGACACCAUUCGAGAGACGGUGUUCUAGAAACCGUUUGGGUAACACACGUAAUAAACAUUGGUGAGAACCAAAAGCCAUCCAUUAUAAAUGAUUCAGUCUCUACCUCUCAAAAACAAUUUAAAGGAUGAUUCUGUUCAUAUAAAAAGUAGUUUCUGUCAAGAUGUAUUUGCCUAUUGAAUGAACAGUAACCUGUAGUCCUAGAUCAUGCCCAAACCAAGUAGAAAGAUUUAACUGUAUCAAAUAUUUAACACCAUAAGCUUUUUAUUUCACCGGGUGAGUUCUUUUUCAAUUCAGUGACAUCUACAUUAAUAAUUAAGUCACAUAUAAUGUUCAACAAAGCCUCCUUUUAUUUCAGCAUCAGUAAAUUAAGUCACAUAUAAUGUUACAUAAAGCCUCUCUCAUCCUAUAUUUGCUUAGCAUGAUAAUAUUCAAAUCCUGUUUGACUUCUAUGUACGUAUUUCACAAUUUAUUUAUUCACAGAACGGUUGACCGGAAUAGAAUAAGGUGUGUUCCGUUGUCAAUGAAAGGAGUUCUGUUCUGUUGUCAACCUCCACAAUGAAAGGAGGAGUCCAUCAUUAUUCUCAGUCUGAUGACUAGUGUUACAAAAUAAUAUGAUAUGAUUAAUGACAUUGGGAAGGUAAUGCAGAAGGUUGCAGUACUGGAAAUCUAGGAAUCACAGCAGUUUGCUGAGGGGAGGAUGACUCAUAAUAAUGGCUGAAAUGAAGUGAAUGGAAUUGUAUCAACCACGUGGAAACAAUGUGUUUGAUACCGUUCCAUUUAUUCUGUUCCAGCCAUUACUAUGAGCCUGCUCUCCCCAAUUAAGGUGCAACCAGCCACCUGUGCUCAGGAACAUGAUGGUGUGUGUGUCUAUGUUCUUUUUCUUAAUGACAUCAUCGUUGUGACAAUAUGAGCAAUGAUGAUGUGAUACAUUUAAACCACUUUGAGAUUAUUUAUGUUAUGAAAAGCACAAUAAAAGUUCAAUAAAUCAUUUGGAUUAUUACUAUCAUAAUCAUUGACAUGGUGAAUGUAUUGCAGUUGACAGCAGGGAUCUUAAAUAAAAAAGAGAGACAGGGUUUAACUGUCAUAGAUUUGUCUGGAAGAAAGGCUCUGUCUGAAAUGUUAGCAUUAAAGGCUACUUUAUACUCUGCUCUCCUGUGUUGGUUUCUCUUGUUCUACCAAAUAAACAACCCGAUGGAAGGAAAGUGGGUCCAUCCCAAAUGGCACCCUAUUUCAUAUAUAGUGUACUACUACCCAUAGGGCUCUGGUCAAAAAUAGUGCACUAUAUAGGGAAUUGGGUGCCAUUUGGGACACAAUGUGUGCUUGUGGUGAGAGAAAAUGGUGAAGAGGAGACAAAUACCAUUGCUGACAGUCUUUCAACUCGUCAGGCAGGCAGGCAGGCAGGCAGUAUAGGGCUGCAUUCCUAUGCUUAGACGUUGCCGACGCCUGCCAGAUUUUACAAUGCCUACAUAGGUAUUUUAAGUAUCAGCUAACCACAUCAUGUUAUAGCAAUUUGUCAGUCAAUGACGUAACAUGCAACCAUUGGUUGCUGCGUCGCCUUGCCUUAGCUGUUGAGCACACCCUAGGUCUGUCAGACCUCUCUAUCUGCUUGGUUUUGUUAGGUCCCAACAAAUCAGACCAACCAGAACGCGGCAACAUUCAGCGGGGUGCAGGGGUGUAAUCAUUAUGCAGAUGAUUACCAUUUACUCCAAACGAGAUACGCAAAUAAUAGUUUCUAUUGGACAAAUUCAGGUAGGCUCCUCCACGUUUCGUUCCGUUUGCUCCCGUUUGGUUCCUAAACGGUAAAUGGUUUUCGUAAUGAAUACACCCCAGCCUUUAACCUCAUGUCCACCAGAUGCGUCGAAUUGUUUGCUUUCCAGCGGAAGUCAUUCAUUGUCAAUGGAACAGUCCGCAACGCUGAGUUGGGGAUGCCGCCCACACUAGCAUGCGGGGCAUUCUUUGUACCGCAUGCGUUCAAUAUUUUCAACUCGUGCGUUGCUGUACCGUGCGGUGGUACAAACAGAAGUUAAUAAACAGUCAAGCCAGUUAGCAAUCUAACUACAAAGCUAACCACUUUGCUAGAUACACUACAUGACCAAAAGUAUGUGGACACCUGCUCAUCGAACAUCUCAUUCCAAAAUCAUGGGCAUGAAUAUUGAAUUGGUCUUUCUUUGCUGCUACAACAGCCUCCACUCUUCUGGAAAGGCUUUCCACUAGAUGUCGGAACAUUGCUGCGGGGACUUGCUUGCAUUCAGCCACAAGAGCAUUAGUGAGGCCGGGCACUGAUGUUGGGCGAUUAGGCCUGGCUCGCAGUCGACGUUCCAAUUCAUCCCAAAGGUGUUCGAUGGGGUUGAGGUCAGGGUUCUGUCCAGGCCAGUCAAGUUCUUCCACACCGAUCUCGACAAACCAUUUCUGUAUGGACCUCGCUUUGUGCACGGGGACAAUGUCAUGCUGAAACAGGAAAGGGCCUUCCCCAAACUGUUGCCACAAAGUUUGAAGAACAGAAUCGUCUGGAAUGUCAUUGUAUGCUGUAGUGUUAAGAUUUCCCUUCACUGGAACUAAGGGGCCUAGCCCGAACCAUGAAAAACAGCCCCAGACCAUUAUUCCUCCUCCACCAAACUUUACAGUUGGCACUAUGCAUUGGGGCAGGUAGCGUUCUCCUGGCAUCCGCCAAACCCAGAUUCGUCAGUCAGACUGCCAGAUGGUGAAGCGUGAUUCAUCAUUCCAGAGAACGUGUUUUAACUGCUCCAGAGUCCAAUGUUGGUGAGCUUUACACCACUCCAGCCGACGCUUGGCAUUGCGCAUGGUGAUCUUCAGGCUUGUGUGCGGCUUCUCGGCCAUGGAAACCCAUUUCAUGAAGCUCCCAACCAACAGUUCUUGUGCUGACGUUGCUUCAGGACAGACAAUUUUUACGUGCUAUGCGCUUCAGCACUCAGUGGUCCCGUUCCGUGAGCUUGUGUGGCCUACCACUUCGCAGCUGAGCCAUUGUUGCUCCUAGACGUUUCCACUUCACAAUAACAGCACUUACAGUUGACUUGUUGGAAAGGUGGCAUCCUAUGAUGGUACCACGUUGAAAGUUACUGAGCUCUUCAGUAAGGCCAUUCUACUGCCAAUGUUUGUCUAUGGAGAUUGCAUGGUUGUGCGCUUGAUUUUAUACACCUGCAUUAACGGGUGUGGCUGAAAUGACCGAAUCCACUAAUUUGAAGGGGUGUCCACAUACUUUUGUAUAUAUAGUGUAUAUCCAUAUUGGACUUUAGUAACCACAUUGAGGGCCUGUUAGAAUACAUCAAUCAUGAUGGAUUUGACAAAUAUCCACUUUGUUAGAUCAGAUUUGUUGAAUGUACGCCAAUCCGGCUUCUUUCUUAUAUCCCCCACGAUUUCAUUGACCUCUUUGUAUCUGUAGACAUCCUCUAUAGAACAUACAUGUUUUUCUGUGAUGCAAAGUGUCAGCUAUAUACAAUACAUUUCUAUCUGGAACUUUAUAGAAUGCUAAGAUAUAAAUAUAUCCCGUAGAACAGAUAUACUUUUCAGUCAGGGCAAUCGUUACAGUUAGUGAGUGCAUUUAUAUCUGCCAGUUGUGGCCUCUCCUGACCUGGAGCCAGGUUUGCAGCCUGCUGAGUGUGCGAUGUGUGGGAGGGGCUGUAGAGAAAAAAACAAAAGGCACCCAACCUACAGUAGCUCCUCCCCUACCUGUGGGCGGCCAAUGCUCACAUCACAGUCUUCAACAUUCAUUGAGGAAGUAGAAAGAAGACGUCAAUCAUUUGCCGUUGAGAGUCAUGAGCAGGACUUGAUACCAAGAGACAGACAACAUGAGGUAUGUGUCAAUUGAAGCUGGAGUUUGUUUGUAGACAUUGCGACAUUAUGUUGAGGGGGUGUGUGUGUUUGUUAUAUUUCUCCCUAUCGCGAUCCAGUCAUCAGAAAUGAUGAUUGUACUGAACGUCAUAAAAUAUAGAACUUCAAUUCCGGUUCUAGAGUAGGUUACUGAAUGUGCGCAAACUUUAGUUCCAGCCCAGCGCUAACACGCCUAAUUCAAACAAACCUACUGAAGACACAAUGAUGACAGGUGUUUUAGUGCUGGGGUGUAACAACAGCUAGCACACCUAGUAACUCGAGCGGUGUUGGAUAUCCAUGAUCUAACACUUGUCUUUCUUCAUACGAUGUAAUUAUUUAUGUGAUUGUCAGACAGCCAAGGAAUAGUUAUUGUAGCCUAACUACACCACCAGUACACCAGACGCAAUUGUCUUCAUAACAAACUCAUGUAACAAGGGCAACGCAAACAGUGGUCAUGCAAUAUAGCCUACUCUUGGUGCUUUCAAGACAACUGAUAACAUGACGCUGCUGCAACAGAUGCCGCAUUCAAAAGAACUGGGAACUCGGAAAAAAAACAAGCUCCGACUGGGAAAAUUCGUUUGACCGGUCAUCCAAAUCGGAAUUCUAAAUCGGGAACUCGGGCCUCUUUCUAGAAAGCUGACUUUUCGACCUGGAGUUCACUGACGUCAUGAUUUCACCUCAUUUCUUCCGAGUUCCCAGUGGUUUUUGAACGCGGCAUCUGUUGCAGCAGCGUCAUGUUAUCUGUAAUGUCUUUCAUUAUACAGUUGACCAAUCUGUCUGAUCAUGCACCAAUGACCAUCUAUAACUACUGUAUGUUGCACCAGAGAUAGCUACUGUGAAAACCUCAACUUCGGUUUCACUUCUGUUCAGCUGCACAUAACACAAUGCCACUACUCUUUUAGACAGACGGUAUAUUUUUCAUUGAUAAUAACUGCAGACAGUCACAUAUCACUCGGUCUUAUAGAGGUGUAGUAUAUGAGAGAUCAAUAAAAAAAACAUGAGUAUUCAUCGUAAUAACAAUAUAUUCAUGAUUAUAUUUCUUGUUUGCUGUGUAAGGGGUGAUUUCAAGAAAUGUCUGUACUUUCAAAUGGUACUUCUGCACAACAUUGUGGCAGGAAGCAUUGACCUACAAACUGUGAAGACCCCUCUCACUCUUUCUAUCCUUUCUCUCUUCAUCAGCCCAGCUCUGAUGCAGUCCGGUACAGCCCUCUCCGGAAGGCUGUAUAGAAGACCCUGUAUUCUAUUCAUCCUGGUGGCAGUGGCUGUCUCCCUGACCUACACCACAUUCACCUUGAAUUGGUGGAACGACCCACAGCGACCCUUGGUAAACAAUCACACUGGAAAGUCUCCUGAUGAUGAUCAGGUGAACACGCGUGUCUUGGCCAAUUGGAAUGGUGUCCAAUGGGAGGAUCCCGGGCGGUACCACGUGGCGUACCCGCGGGGGUACAAAUUCGUAAUGGACGAGCCGGAGAAGUGUCGGACCGGGAGUCAGGCCCCGUUCCUGGUGCUGAUGGUCCCCGUGGCGCCUGGUAACCCUACUGAAAAUGUCACACAAGAUUUACACAUUCUGUUUGCAAUUCUAACAUGAAGUGACUUGAUAACCUGUUUCCAAUACAUUUGAAAUGUAUUUAGGAACGAAAAAUGCAAUCCAAACUAGCUUUUUUUCAAGUGUUUGGGAAAGCAGACUGGAAUAAAUUGUUACAGUAAAAUGUGUAAUUAUUGUAUUUCCAACACAUUUUUAACAUGUACAUUUCCGGUAGGUAACCUGGCCUCCCGGGACGCCAUCCGCAGGACGUGGGGUAAUGAGACCCUGGUGCAGGGGAAGAAGGUACAGAUGCUAUUCAUGCUAGGACUUCCUGGAGGAUCAGGUGCUCAGGAGCUGCAGGAGAAGGUUGGUCUUAUUGUUGUAGCUUUUUUUAGUGUUGUGUUUAUUGUUUUAAGUGUGUUGGGGUUGUUAAUAUUUAAAUAGUUUGAUUUGACUUGAGUUGAUUGUGACUUGACUUGAUUCUGAUUCUGAUUCGAAGGUGAACCAGGAGAGCCGGGCGCACCACGACCUCCUCCAGAGCGACUUCAUGGACACCUACCAUAACCUGACCAUCAAGACCAUGGUGAUCCUUGAGUGGCUCGUCUCGCGGUGCCCCGAGGCCUCCUACGCCAUGAAGAUCGACUCAGACGUGUUCCUCAACGUCCAGAACCUUGUCUCCAUGCUGGUCAACCCUGAUACUCCAAAACAGAACUACAUGACCGGUCUAGUCUGGUGGCACAGCCCGGUGCUGAGAAACCCCAACGAGAAGUUCUUCCUGCCUUAUGAGGUGAUCGCUGAGUCUGAGUAUCCCCCGUACCCUCUGGGGUUUGGUUACGUCAUGUCCAUGGACCUACCCAAGAAGAUCCUGGGGGUCUCUCCACAGAUCAAGGUAUGUUGAGCUUCAUAUUUUGCCAAACAAAUGUUCCUAUGUAUGGAAGUAUUCUUCUUUUGUUUUCUUUUUUUCGCUCAUUAAUUGGUAACACUUAACUAACGGUGGGGAUUAUGUAGCGUUCAUAAAGCCAUUCAUUAUUUAAUUUAUCCAUCCAUCCAUCCAUCCAUCCAUCCAUUCAUUCAUUCAUUGAUCUCAUUCAAGCCCAUCUAUAUCGAGGAUGCCUACCUGGGGAUGUGUCUGAAGCGGCUGGGCAUCUCCCCCACCGACCCUCCCAGCCAGUCGCUCUUUGCUGUCAACCCCUUGAACAGCUACGAGCUCUGCAAACUGUCCACUGUGGUUGCCGUGAUGACGACCAGAGUGAGCCAGCUGCUGAAGUACUGGCAGGAAUACACAAGGCCCGGCCCGCCGUGCUGAGAGGGUAAUCACCACAGCAACAAUUGCUACUUCCUCUUUGGAAAAGGGAAACCAUGGAGACACUUCCUGUAUGUUCCCCUUCCUGGAAAUGUGGAAUUUGAACUUUGGGUAAGAGACAUUAGCUCUUGCGUAAGAGACAAAUCUGUUCGGUCUUGUUGGGAGAUCCGUAGGUUGUUUGUUAUUUUGCUAAUGUAUGCCUCAACCCCUCCCUUUACAUUGACUGUUGUGCAGUGAAGGUGGAUAGGUUUGGGAGAGGGCUUACUGGGCCUUUCUCAAUACCUUUCAUCUGCUACAUGCUGCAACAAAAAGAGCCCUCGCUGCAUAUUUAUAUUAUACCUUAGAGCCUUAAGGCUGGAUUCUAUCAGAUCCGCACUAGCCGACACCUGCAUAGCGGUUAUUUUGGUGGUGUCAGAGGUGGAAC